AUAACCCAAGAACCCCAGCAGCCGUUACCAUGUACCCCCCAGGCAGAGGAGGACCGAUCCAAAUCAGCCCCCACCUCCCCAUGUGACCAAGACCUGAGAGAGUUGGAGAACAUACGCAAGGCCCUGUCGUUUGACCAACGUGGACAGGAACACAAGUCGGCCUCAUCCUCUUCUUCCAGCAAGGUGGCGGUGGGCUCAGAGGGGGGCGAGGCCCGGGAGAAUGGAGAGCUCAAGACAGUCCAGACCAAGAGGAUGACGCUGCAGAACUUCCUCUUCAUCAAGGUCCUGGGCAAAGGCAGCUUCGGAAAGGUGAUGCUGGCUGAGCUGAAAGGGACAGAUGAGGUGUAUGCUGUGAAGGUGUUGAAGAAAGACGUGAUCCUGCAGGAUGAUGAUGUGGACUGUACCCUGACAGAGAAACGCAUAUUGGCCCUGGCUAGGAAACACCCCUACCUGACCCAGCUCUUCUGCUGCUUUCAGACUAAGGUAGGAAACACCCCUACCUGACCCAGCUUUUCUGCAGCUUCCAGAAUAAGGUAGGAAACACCCCUACCUGACCCAGCUUUUCUGCAGCUUCCAGAAUAAGGUAGGAAACACCACUACCUGACCCAGCUCUUCUGCAGCUUCCAGAAUAAGGUAGGAAACACCCCUACCUGACCCAGCUCUUCUGCUGCUUUCAGACUAAGGUAGGAAACACCCCUACCUGACCCAGCUUUUCUGCAGCUUCCAGAAUAAGGUAGGAAACACCCCUACCUGACCCAGCUCUUCUGCUGCUUCCAGAAUAAGGUAGGAAACACCCCUACCUGACCCAGCUCUUCUGCUGCUUCCAGAAUAAGGUUUGGACAAAUAGUAGUACCUCACACAGAGGAGUACACACACACAAACGCACGCACACACACACACAAACACACACACACACACACACACACACACACACACACACACACACACACACACACACACACACACACACACAGACACACACACACAGAAACACACACAGACAGACACAGACAGACACACACGCACACACACACACAGACAUAAACACACACACACACAGACACACACACGCACUGUGACGACCCUCCCACUCUGUCUGCCGUAUUCUCUCUGUUAUUUCCUUAUUAGGAUGCUGGUGGGCGGAGUUGGGAGGGUCGUCAGCUACAUGGGAAACACCUGGGCCUGGUGUCUCCCAGGAUAAAUACACCACUUCCCCAUUCAUGGAGGAGACUCUCUCCAUGCAGACACCCUCUGUAGAUUGUGUUGUGAUUCUUGAUGGCCGUUUGUUUGUUUGUUUGUUUGCUUGCUUUGGCACCUUUCAUCACCCUGCAUUAUCACAUUCACGCAUGCAAAACACUCACUUACACUACUGAUUACUGAUUACACACACCAUUGUAUAUUAUAUUUAUUUGCUUUAGUUAAUAAAUAUAUAUCUUUCUACUCAUUAUCUCCACGUUGUCUCCCUUUGUUACGGGCUUUGAGCCGGUUCGUGACAAGUGGGGGCUCGUCCGGGAUAUUUGAACUAUUGGUUUGGGAGACCGUGGAGGUACGUGUUUGGUUUGCAUAUUUUGUUUGAGUUUGAUAGGCCCAGUAUUGGUUGCCUUUUGUUGUUUGGUUUGUGUGCUGUGUUGGAGAGACUAUAAUGGUUAGUUUCCAGGCCCUGCCUAGCCUGAACUCUUGUUCUACUUUCUGUUGGGACAUCAGUCUGAGGUGAGUAGUCUGCUGUGUACCUCGGUGGGAGAUUUGGGUAGGGUAGUGGAACUUGCUACCCGGAGCUAUAGCCUUUUUCCCCUGAUAGGUUUAGCGACGUGUUUCAUUUUUUGGAAUAUGUUGGGCAUGGUUAAUGUUUGUUAUUUUUGUGUGGUGUCUGUGGACUGAGCAGUU